UAAACAAGUCCUGGCAGGUGUCAACAAGAACGAAACAAACCUGUCAACGGCGAUCGCUGCGGCAAAGCGUUAUUAGGGCAGCUACUGCAGGCUUCUUCUAAACAUAUUAAGUAUUAAGCAUCACUUCACAUCGGAGGCAUAGUGUUGUCUUGAAUAAAUUCUCAUCACUGGGACUCAUGUUAUGUAAGCAAAUAUCACGGAGGCCAGCAACUGACAUGCUGCGCAGAGAAAUACGUAUGAGACGCUAUCGACAGUGGCUCUUGCUUAGCACUGAGCUUCAAGACCCAGGGGAUCCUCUCUCUAAGUAUACUAAUGAAGAAUUUAAGGACAUAUACAGAUUCUCCAAAGAGUCCUUUUGUCAUUUGUUAAACAUGAUUCAAGGAGACCUUGAACGUUCAGACAACCGUGGUAGGCCACUGCCAGCAGUCUAUCAACUUUUAAUUGCCCUUCACUUCUACUGCAGUGGCUCUUACCAGAAAGUUGUUGGAGAUCAACAUGGUCUACAGGUCAGUCAGCCAACAGUAUGCCGUACCAUCCACAGAGUUUCAGAAGCCCUGGCUAAACGCUAUAGUCAGUUCGUGAGAUUUCCAUCUCUUCAAGAAGCUGCUGAUAUACAUUCCAAAUUUUAUGAAGUUGCACAGUUUCCUAAUGUUAUUGGAGCCAUCGACUGCGUCCACAUGCGAAUUUCAAAUCCAGGAGGAGCAAUGGCAGAACAGUGCAAAAACAGCAAAGGCUGGUACUCUGUUAAUUGCCAGGUUGUAGCCGGUCCAGAUCUUAGAAUUCUUAGGGCAAUUGUUCGCUGGGGAGGAAGUGUACCAGAUUGGCAGAUAUAUGAGAACUCUCGAUUAAAAGAAGUCAUGGAGCAAGGGGAAUAUGGCCAUUUGGUCGGCGAUUCUGCUUAUCAGUGUCAGAGAUACCUCUUGACACCUGUGGUUAACCCAACAACACAUGCAGAGAAGUGUUACAAUAGAGCACACUCUGCCACCAGAAGGAAGGUGAAGCAUGUCAUUGGAAUAGUGAAGAGACGCUUUCCUUGCACAAGCCAGGAGCUCAGAUCAAAUCCCAAAACAUCGUGUGCAAUCAUAUUAAGUUGCUUUGCAUUGCAUAAUUUUGCUCUGGAACGCCAGGGCCCUCUUGAUGACUCUGAAGCUUGGAAUGCUCCUGAUGAUGGUCCUCAGGACAGAUACACAGGAGACUAUGACCCAGAGGGAGAAUCCUACCGGCAGCACAUCAUUUAUGAAUGGUUCAGCCAUGAUCCUUCAGGAAUUAACUAUCAUCAAGAUGAAGCCAACUGUGGGAACCAACCUUGGCACUAAGGUUGCACGAAAAAUAUUUCUAUUGUUAAUAAUACUUGAAAGAAUCUCUUCUUUUCUCUCUGUAAAUUGAAACUGAUAUGAAGGCUUUAACAUUUUUUUAGAGUAAAAAAGAAAAAAAAAGAUAGGGCUACAGAGCAGUAGCUUCAGAAUUAAUGAAUACGGGACCUGUGAUAUGAAUUGACUGUGUAAUAUGAAGAAAAAAAGUGAGGCACUAUUAAUUUGGAACAUGAUGAGAAAGUCUUUUGUAUUUUUGGAUAUAAUUCUGUGAUUUCUUUUUGUGUGAUGCAGAAGAAAAACUACCAUUCCAUUUUGUUUUAUUGAUAUUCUUUUUACGUAUAUAUUUUCACAUAUGCUUUGUUAUCGAGGAGUCAGUUACUAGUCCUACCUGAUUGCACCUAUUUACAACAUUACUUGAAUUUCCAGUAUUUUUUUUUAUACUUCUAUUGUUAUUAUCAUUACGAAUGUUGUUAUUGUUACCAUUAUUAUUAUUUUAACAUAACAAAAAAUAGUAUUACUACCAAAAAUCUUUCAGAAAAUUCAAGGAUAGAGGAAAUAGGUGAAGUUAGGUGGACUAGUUACUUGGCUCCUUGGUGCAUAUAUGCUUCCGUAGCCAUUUUUGCUUAAAUAAGAAUAAAUAAAAAUCACUGUUGAAAGAGUAUUUAGAUAUGCUCUCCCAGUGGAUUAAGAAAAUAAAAAAUGCCAGCAUUCGACCUCAGUUACUGAGGGUUUAUGUACUGUUCAUUGUAGUUUUCUGUGAAUUUUGCUGCAAAAAGAUGGCUCCACAAGUGCUCAGCCAUCAAGGAGUCAAUUGAAAAUGUGUUUUUUUCUAAUGCUAUUGAUAAUGAUACUUUUAAUAUUAUUAUUAACAUCAUGAUUAAUAGAAUGCUAUUCAAAUACUAAUAACUAUGAAAAUAAUAGAAUAAUUUUGAAAAGUCUUUCUGAAAAUCAAAAAAAAGGGUUAACUGGUGAGAUGAAUAGGACAAAUAACGAACUCCUUGAUAAUUAAGCACUUAAUGAUUUGUAAAAACUAAAAUUAAUGUGGACAUGGCACGAUAUAUACACAAAAUAUGCUUAUUUUAAUAUAUAGUUUUUCCAUACUCUUCUGUUGGAAAAUGUUCCUUGAAAGUAAAUCAGGAGGCUGUCCACAUUGUUGUCAUUACAUUUAUUGAGCUAAAACUGAGAAAUAAAUUGAGCUAUAUUUUUUUAUAGUAAACUAGUAUUUUAUAAUUUCUCUACCGAAGCAUUAUUAUUUGGAAGUAAGAAGAUACUUACUGAUAACAGUGCUCUGUACUGAUAUUUGAUUUUAUUGCUAUGUAUAUAUUAGAAAAUAAAAAUGUAUGUGAA